AUGUCCCAACGACAAGCAUCCUCUGCCUCGCAGACCCCCCUCAUCUCUCCCGCCGAACUUUCCUACCUGUACACCUCGCUCGCCCUCCCGAACAACCCCAUCCGCCCCGAUGGCCGCUCCCCAACCCAGUUCCGCCCGCUGACCGCCGAAACCGACAUCCUCCCCGGCACGAAUGGCAGCGCGCGCGUCGGGUUCGCAGACGGCACGCAGGCCAUUGUCGGCGUGAAGGCCGAGGUCGAGAAGACGGUCGCGGCGGCCGACGUCGCCAGUCUCGCGCAGCAGGGCCCCGCCGAGACCAGCGACGACGACCCGCAGCAAGCAUCGAGCACCGGACACGGAUCCUGGGUACAGAUGUCCAUUGAGAUCCCGGGGUAUCGCGACGACGACGCCCUGCCGGUGUUUCUGUCGGAGAUGAUGCGCGAGCCGCUGGUGGAGUCGGUGUCGAGCGGCGGAGACGGCGAUAUGGCCGGCGGGUUAAAGGGUCGGCUCGUGAUUAACCGACGGUGGCAUUGGCGGCUGUACAUUGAUGUGCUGCUCCUCUCGCAACCCCUUUCGUACCCGCUCCCGCUCCUGUCGCUUACGACACACCUGGCGCUGCUGUCGACCAAGCUCCCCAAGCUCAAGUCGCAGGGCGAGGAGGACCCGUUCUUCGACGACGACUGGAACGCCGCCGAGUACCUGUACCCGCGCACGCGCGGGCUCAAGACUGCGGCCGCGCACCCUGUGCGCCCACCCAUCACGCUGCUCGUCAUUGCUGUCGGCGAGAACGUCAUCUUCGAUCCGAGUCGCGAGGAAAUCGCCGUUGCGGACACGAUCCUGGCGAUCUCGGUCGCGCGCGACGCGCAGUCGGAUGCGCUGAAGGUGCUGUCGAUUCGCACGGUGGAUCCGCCGUCGCGGCUGACGCAGCCGGGCGUGCCAAACUCGGAGAACGUCGCGACGCUGGGGUCGGCGGCGGCUGAGGAGGCCGCUGUGUUGAACCCGUCGACGGGCGAGGAGGAGGUGCCCGGCGUGUGGAAGCCGCGCCGUGGUGGUGUGAAGCGGAGUACCGUCGCAAAGAUGGUGAAGCUGGUGCUGCGGAAGGGCGGUGUCGGCGAGGAGGUGCUGGAGGGCUUGGAGGGUGUGGAGGUUGGCUGA